AGUGAAGACUGGAUCGGCUAGAGGGAGGUGCGUAACUGCAGCUCAAAGAAAAUGAAUGGCACACUGGAUCACCCAGACCAACCUGAUCUAGAUGCUAUCAAGAUGUUUGUGGGUCAGGUCCCACGGAGCUGGUGUGAGAAGGAUCUAAGAGAACUUUUUGAACAGUAUGGUGCUGUCUAUGAAAUCAAUGUCUUGAGGGACAGGAGCCAAAACCCUCCUCAGAGCAAAGGGUGCUGUUUUGUUACAUUUUAUACCCGUAAAGCUGCACUAGAAGCACAGAAUGCUCUUCACAACAUGAAGAUCCUCCCAGGGAUGCACCAUCCUAUCCAGAUGAAACCAGCUGACAGUGAAAAGAGUAAUGCAGUAGAAGAUAGGAAGUUGUUUAUUGGAAUGAUAUCCAAGAAGUGCAAUGAAAAUGAUAUCCGAGUGAUGUUCUCCCCCUUUGGGCAGAUUGAAGAAUGCAGGAUAUUACGGGGCCCAGAUGGCCUGAGCCGAGGUUGUGCAUUUGUGACUUUUACAACAAGAGCCAUGGCACAAACAGCAAUCAAAGCAAUGCACCAAGCACAAACCAUGGAGGGUUGCUCUUCUCCCAUUGUGGUAAAAUUUGCAGACACACAGAAGGACAAAGAGCAGAAACGAAUUGCUCAGCAACUCCAGCAACAAAUGCAACAGAUCAGUGCUGCCUCAGUAUGGGGAAACCUGGCUGGUCUCAACACACUUGGACCCCAAUACUUAGCACUCCUUCAGCAGACAGCAGCUGCGUCAUCUGGGAACCUGAACACAUUGAGCAGCCUCCACCCAAUGGGAGGACUGAAUGCGAUGCAAUUGCAGAACCUGGCUGCAUUAGCAGCUGCGGCCAGUGCAGCUCAGAAUACACCGAGUGGUACUGCUGCACUCACUUCCUCCAGCAGUCCCCUGAGUGUGCUCACCAGCUCAGCAGGUUCCUCACCUAGCUCCAGUAGCAGCUCCUCUGUUAAUCCGAUGGCUUCUCUUGGAGCAUUGCAGACGCUGGCAGGGGCUACAGCAGGCCUCAACGUUAGCUCUUUAGCAGGAAUGGCAGCCUUAAAUGGAGGACUUGGCAGUGGUGGUCUCUCAAAUGGGACAGGUAGCACAAUGGAAGCCCUCACGCAGGCUUAUUCUGGAAUCCAGCAAUAUGCUGCUGCUGCAUUGCCCACACUCUAUAAUCAGAGUCUCUUAACACAGCAGAGUAUUGGUGCAGCAGGAAGUCAAAAAGAAGGUCCAGAGGGAGCCAAUCUGUUUAUCUACCAUCUCCCCCAGGAGUUUGGGGAUCAGGAUCUGCUGCAGAUGUUCAUGCCAUUUGGAAAUGUCGUCUCUGCCAAGGUUUUCAUUGACAAGCAGACCAAUCUAAGCAAGUGUUUUGGUUUUGUAAGUUACGACAAUCCUGUCUCUGCACAGGCUGCCAUUCAGUCAAUGAACGGCUUUCAGAUUGGCAUGAAGCGUCUGAAAGUACAGCUCAAGCGCUCUAAGAAUGACAGCAAGCCAUACUGAGCACCCCUCCCCUCCGGGACUGGAGUGAGAAGGAUCUUCUGGUAAGUUGGAGAGGAGCGCACUUAGUGAUUCGAAGCCCUAAGGCUGUGUUUUUACAGUCCUGGAAGCUGAUCCAUGCCUUCUAUCUGGCACAUCUUCCCCUGAAGAUUCGGCUGCAGCCUCUGCUGAGAAUCCCACUUCGGAUGGAGGACAAGUUUGUGCUUUUGUUUCCAGUGUUUUACUUUGGAGUUUAGGUGCCAUAUCGCUGAGGUUUUGUUUUUUUUUUUUUCCCUUAUUUGAAGUUUGCUGUGUUUGUAACCAGUGUGUGUUGAGAAGGACCAAUGCCAGCUCCUUGGGGGUGGGGAGGGAAGGUUAAAGGGAGCAGCAGAAACUGACACCGCACUGCCUUGGGGUGGAGAGGAGAGGAGGAAGCAGAACUGACACCACACCACCAUGGGGGAGAGGAGAAGGGAAAGCAGAAAUAACGCAGAACAGCUGAUGAAAACAAAGAUGGGGAGGGAGAACAGUCCAUCCAAGUUUGGGUGAGCAAAGAACUGACUCCAUGUAGUCUUUGUCAUGCCCCAUCCACUCUUUGAAAUUCCCUUAACUGUAUGCCAUGGUGGGGAUUUAGUAAAUCAUCUCUAAAGCAGGAGACAGGCUAGAAGGGUGAACACAUUAACAAGCCAAAGGAAAACUGCAGUGAUUUUUUUUGCUAUAUAUAAAGUAGUGUUUAUAUAGCACUGUGAAUGUACACAGCACUUUAUAAAAUUAUUAGAUAAUGUCUCUGCCCAGAAAAUUUCACUGUCCAUUUACAGUUGAGUAUUAAUGAGAUGCAGUGAAUUUCUCCAUAUUUAAGAAAACUUAUCCUAUGUACUUUAUCUAGGUUUUGUAGAAAGGUAUAGAGAGAGACAGCUUAGUCUGUAUGAAUACAUCUAGGACUGGAAACAAGAAACUUCUGAUCCCUGGUAACCUGCAGAAUUUUUGACAAUUUUUCUUCUUAACAGUUCAUCACAUUCCCCAUUUCUGUGGAAUAAUGUCCUUUUUACAGAGUAUUACUUUGAAUUCAUUCUGAUAAGCAUAAUGUAAGUGCUGUUUGUUUCUCUAUUAAAAUGACUGUUAACCUGAGGUACAAAGCCCAGAGUUACCCUAACAUAGCUCUUGAGGCUCCUGUUUCAUACAUGUUCUCAUAGGAUUUGAUUUCUCAGUCUUAACUCUGUUGCAAAGAAAACUUCCUGGUUUUUUGUUUUGUUUUGUUUUUUUAAAAAAAAACAUUUGUGCAGUGAUUUGGUCUAGUAAUUAGGGAUUUCUUUAUACUGCAGUUUUCCUUUAAGGUGGUGUGUACCAGUGCAAAAUAGGCUAACACAGGAGCUGUGAAACCAAAGCAGAGCAUUGAGCCAUUCAGUCUUACUCUGCCUUUUGGUACUAGCUGUUAUCUUCUAUAUUGGAGCAAAAUUCAACACACCCCUUCAAUGAACACACACUUUUUCUGCACACUUGUGAAAUUGCUAAUGCGUUGCUAAGGGCCUUUGUUAUGCACUGGUUUUAGGGGGCUCAAAGGAUUUUUGACACUCUGGCCUGAGUUGUUUUAAGAAAUCAGAGUGGAGUCCCAUUUUAUAACCACCAAAAUCCACCUCUGUCACAAGAGGAAGUUUACAAUUUUUGUGUGUCUUUAACAGAAGUUCCAUUUACCUCAUAUUUUUCCUUUUCCUUGUUUUCUUUGUAUUCCUGGUUCGUGAUGCUGUUUCCCAGGGCACCAGCUAACACUGCAAUCUGGGAGCCAGCUGCUAAAUCAUGAGUGUGUGGGUCAGACAUAGGGUUGGGACUUUCUGUUCUGCUCCAGCAGGAGGAGCACUAAACCCAUCAAACCUGAGAUCACGUUCAGAAUCCGCACCCAUGUGCGGUGGUCUGUUGGGAACGUCGGGCAUUCCCAGGGACUGGGUCCCCUGGGAUCUCAAACCUCAGAAGUACAAGACCCGUAGCAUCCAAGAAGAGCCCUUUCCAUUCUUAAAUUGCAAAUCAAACAGUUAGUUGAUGCCGGUCUGUCUAUAUUGAUGGCAGACAGGUAAAUCUAUCAGUAUUAUUCAAAUCAUUUUAUGAUGGCAAAGGUUCAAAGGCCAGACUGCCAAAUUUCCCAGUUAUGCUGGCAUGUGGUAGCCUUCUAUGUUAAUUAUUUGAAUCUCUCUAGAAACGUAAACAUACACUUAAGUGAACCAUGUACACUUGAAUUCUGCACGGUGGGAAAGAUGUGUCCUGGUUUUCUGAGAAAAGAGUGUUGGAGUGUGAAGGCCUCCAGGGUGAUAAUGGGAUUUUCUUUUUUUUUAAUAAAUAAUAUACUUUUCAAAAAAAGAAAAAAAAAAAAGAAAAAAAAAACAUAGUUGGGAGCAACUGCUCCAAGUGCAACCUGCUGUAAUCAAGAAUGUUGUUUCUAUUUUUAUAGAAGUUUUAUACCGCUCCAGGGUGGAGAAUAUUUAUUACCUAAAUUAUUUCACUGGAAAAAAAGGCCAGGGUUUUGUAGAAUCCUGAAUGUGAUUGUUUUACACACAUAAUGAUGUGCAUGAUUGAAACUACUGAUUUUCAGUGGCCUGUUUGCAGCCCAGCAACUGCUAAAUGGGGAAGAUGAACGCUGUGAACCAGUGGAGGAGAGUACUGUGCUCUGGGGUCUCUACAGUCACUCUUACCUUCUUUGCACCCUACCCCACUGUACUAUCUGAGACCUUUGUCGUGUUUUUCUUUUAACCUGAUGCUCUGGCCUCUUUACUAGUCAUUUCAGUUGCCCAAAAUUAGAUAUUUUAGCUUCUGCAUCCUAUAGUGUGUCCUCAAUACUGUAAGUUAUGGAUCAAGCUUGGCAUUGUUGCAAAUAGGUGCAACUCCUAUUGACUUAAGGAGAUUCACCAGUUUACACUGUGGCUUAGUUUGAUCAGUGACUCCUCCCGGACAUAAUCACCUUAAGACUCCUAACUUGGGCUAGCUCUUGUGCCUUACUGGCAUAACUAUAAGUAUUGCCAAAAAGAAAAAAAAAAA